UUUCCGCCUUCCUGCAACCUGCUAAACCCAAUAGUAAGGCAAAUUUGGUAGAAUCUUUUAGCUCAUUGACAGGCAAAGGUUGCAGACUUGCAGUUUGAGUCCAAUAUUGUGGCGCUUCUAUCUUAUCCUUUUAAGUAAUUCUUUACACUUUUGUUUAUGAUUUAUCGCUGUACCAGGCAAGUUUCAACAACAGAAAAAUGCUCAUAACUUUUACCUAACCAAAAGCUUCCCUAGCAAUCCCCACUUUGCCAGCUGACUUUAAGAUUUGGUAAUCAACUCAGCGCACACGUAACAAGAAACAAAACCAAACUUAAAAAUAUGAUCAAUAAACAAAUUAAGUACAAGCCCCUCGGGGUGGGCUCGGCUGCUGACCACCAUGCCUCGUUAGGUCCUGGUACCUUGUGAUCGUGGUUCGAUUCCUUGGGGGCGGUGCAUAAGCACAGAGAAAUUAAUCCGCAAGGAUACUCCCUGUGGUGACAAAAAAAAAAAAAAUUAAGUACAAUAAAACAAACGAACAAACGUAAGUUGCACAACCAGCUUGCAAAGCAAUCUGUAUGCAAGAACAGAGUAUAUAAGUGCAGGACUUAACGAACAAAUUUGAGCACAGCAACUCCGUCCCCGAUCCCAAAACCCACCAAUGGAGAUCAGUAGUGUCAAGAUCUCCGGAGCAGCCGAGCAGGUAACAUCUGCUCGGAUAGUUGCUUCGAUUGAUGAGCUAUUGGAAGACAUCCUCUUACGCCUUCCAAUAAGAUCACUCAUCCGUUUCAAGUUUGUCUCCAAACGCUGGCUCUCUCUCAUAUCCAACCCACAAUUUGCUGUCCUCCACCAGGACCGCAAUCCCGCUCUCAAGCCAGCAAUAGGCCUAUUCCUGCCCUACACAAGCUUUCGCAGCAACCCAACCAAAUUCGAGUACAUCAACUUUGACGUCCAUAACCUGACCUCCUCACCAUUUUCAGUACUAAAAUUUGCCAGUGAUCCAUCUGCAGGCUCCAUAAAGAUUCUACAGUCUUGCAAUGGCCUAUUGCUUUGUUCCAGUUACCGAGCUCAGCGCCCCCGACAGAACUAUCAUGUUUUCAAUCCCACCACAAAGCAGUUAACCACAAUCCCAAAGCCGGCAUAUAGGAGGACCAUAUAUGGAGUAAGCUUGGCUUUUGACCCUACCAAGUCGUCUGCCUAUAAAGUUGUCUGCGUUCGGGCCUCUGAGCUGGUUUCAGGGUCUUAUCAGAUCCAGAUAUACUCAUCUGACACUGCAGGCCCCUGGAGAGUUUCAGGGGAGCCUUUCGCUGCUAAACAUGAUUUUAAGAAUGGGAUCUACUGGAACGGAGCAGUGCAUUGGCUCGGGCAUUGGGGUCGUGAUAAUUCAUUAUACUUCAAUGUUGAUGAGGAAAGGCUUGGAGAAGUGGGACCAACUCCUAAUAAUGCAGAACAGGAAGCUGAAAUGACUUAUUUCGGAGAAUCUUGCGACCAUUUGAACCUUAUUCAGAUGUAUGGUCGUCCAGAUGUUGAGUUCUAUGUGUAUGAAAUGAGGAGGGACUGCUCAGGAUGGGAUAUCAAGUACAUGGUUGAUCUUUCAGCGGUUACUAGUGCAUUUCCACGAAUGAUCAGGACUGAAUUGGACUCGUACGAUGGUGGUUACUAUGUACUCUCAGUCUUGUCUAUCAUUCGGGGUGAAAAAGAAGAGGAAGCUUUCUUAGUUUUGCAGAUUCCCGGUAAGGCCAUUCGCUACAAUCUGGUCACCAAAACCUUCGUGAAGCUCUGUGAUUUUGAGGGUGCUGAGGACGAGGGCUAUUUAAGAUUUGAGGGUGUGAAUGCUUAUCAGUACAUUGAAUCACUUUGUUGUGUUUGAUAUAAAUAAAUAGCCACAAUUUCCUGAGCUUGCUAUGGUGUGUUUUUGGCUCAUUUCUUGAUCUGUUUAAUUUGGAUUGGUUUGUCACACAAUUGAGAAACUUGUAAAUUUCUCAUCUUCCUUCUUUGUUUCGAUACAGUCAAUAUAUUGCAUUUCAUUUAA